CGAGCGGUUCCAUUUCGUCUCCGCCAAAGAAAGUUUCUGUAGCUGUCUCCCUCUGAACCUUCUUUAUUUUUUCUUCAUUGAAAAGCUAUGGGGGAGGUGCGCGAAGUAUCAAUUUCGCUCGAUGGAGUGAGGGACAAGAACUUGAUGCAGCUCAAGAAGCUCAAUACAGCUCUCUUCCCUGUUCGCUAUAACGAAAAGUACUACGCCGAUGUCCUUGCCUCCGGCGAGUUCACAAAGCUAGCAUACUACAGUGAUAUAUGUGUUGGCUCCAUUGCAUGCCGCCUUGAGAAGAAAGAAAAUGGAUCUGUACGUGUCUACAUCAUGACCUUGGGCGUUCUUGCACCAUAUCGUGAACUAGGCAUUGGUAGCAGACUGUUAAAUCAUGUUCUCGAUCUCUGCUCAAAGCAAAACAUUACCGAAAUCUAUUUGCAUGUUCAGACGAAUAAUGAUGACGCCAUCAAUUUCUAUAAGAAAUUUGGGUUUGAGAUUACAGAAACCAUUCAGAACUAUUACGCAAACAUUACGCCUCCAGAUUGCUAUGUUCUUACCAAGUAUAUUCAAACUCAUACCAAGAAGUAACACUUUCAACUUGAGUUUAUUCCUGAGUUGUGUCCUACAAAAUUGUUUUGAACCUUACUUUUACUCCCUGUGAAUUGAGUUAGUCAAUUCGGGAAGCGAUAGAUGUUUGAUAUUCAAUAUCGUGGGUGCUAGAGGGCUUUUUGACAUGCAAAUUUUGUCCCAUCUGGUAAUUGAGUCAAUUUUUGUGUGCUUCUUGAGGAUCUUCAGAACAACUUAAAUCUAUUUAUUGCCUUAUCAAUGA